ACAAUCGGGGGAGAUUCAGCAUGCUCCCCUCACCCGGGACGGACGCCGCCACACCGCCUGCUCCUCGUGCACUGCGCUGGGCUAAAGCCUCACAGCUCUUCUCUUCUCCGCGGCCUCUCUGCGCUCCGCUUUCCUCCUAGCUUGAGGUGGAGUGCUCGGGAAAGAGGGAGGGAUUUGGAGUGUGCGGGAGAAAAGAAAGCCCAGCGGAUUUCUCUCUCCUCCGUUUUUCUGGCGAUCCCGCUCGCCGUGGGUUCCUGGGAGGUUAGGAACGUUUUCGGAUCUUGGAGGCCAUGGACACGGACUGGGGCUCUGGGGCGACUGAGAACCUCUUCCAGGGGCCCGGCUACCCCACUCAGAUGUCCUUCAACUACAACCAGCUAGAGGGCCGUUUCAAGCAGCUGCAAGAUGAGCGUGAGGCUGUGCAGAAGAAGACCUUCACCAAGUGGGUGAACUCGCACCUGGCACGCGUUUCCUGCCGCAUCACCGACCUGUACAUGGACCUGCGGGAUGGCCGCAUGCUCAUCAAGCUCCUGGAGGUGCUGUCCGGAGAGAGGCUGCCCAAGCCCACAAAGGGACGCAUGCGGAUCCACUGUCUGGAGAAUGUGGACAAAGCCCUGCAGUUCCUCAAGGAGCAGAGGGUACACCUGGAGAACAUGGGCUCGCACGACAUCGUCGACGGCAACCACCGCCUCACACUCGGCCUCAUCUGGACCAUCAUCCUCCGCUUCCAGAUCCAAGACAUCAGCGUUGUGACAGAAGACAAUAAAGAGAAGCGCUCGGCUAAGGACGCCCUCCUGCUGUGGUGUCAGAUGAAGACGGCAGGUUACCCAAAUGUCAACAUCCACAACUUCACCACCAGCUGGCGUGACGGGAUGGCUUUCAACGCCCUCAUUCACAAACACAGGCCGGACCUGAUCGACUUUGACAAGCUGAAGAAAUCCAACGUCCACUACAACCUGCAGAACGCCUUCAACCUGGCGGAGCAGCACCUGGGCCUCACUAAACUCCUGGACCCUGAGGACAUCAGUGUGGAUCAUCCAGACGAGAAAUCGGUCAUCACUUAUGUCGUCACGUACUACCACUACUUCUCCAAGAUGAAGGCCUUGAAGGUGGAGGGCAAGCGUAUUGGGAAAGUGCUUGACAAUGCUAUUGAAACGGAAAAGAUGAUCGAGAAAUACGAGUCCCUGGCAUCCGACCUCCUGGAGUGGAUCGAGCAGACCAUCAUCAUCCUCAACAACCGCAAGUUUGCCAACUCUCUGGUGGGAGUGCAGCAGCAGCUGCAAGCUUUCAACACCUACCGCACCGUGGAGAAGCCUCCCAAGUUCACCGAGAAGGGUAAUCUAGAAGUCCUUCUGUUCACAAUUCAGAGCAAGAUGAGAGCCAACAACCAGAAAGUCUACAUGCCCAGAGAAGGCAAACUUAUCUCAGACAUCAAUAAGGCUUGGGAGCGUCUGGAGAAGGCGGAGCAUGAGCGAGAGCUGGCCCUGAGGAACGAGCUGAUUCGCCAGGAGAAACUGGAACAGCUGGCGCGCCGUUUCGACCGCAAGGCGGCCAUGAGGGAGACCUGGCUAAGCGAGAACCAGCGCCUGGUCUCCCAGGACAACUUCGGCUUCGACCUCCAGGCGGUCGAGGCGGCGACCAAGAAGCACGAAGCCAUCGAGACGGACAUCGCGGCAUAUGAGGAGCGUGUCCAGGCCGUGGUUGCCGUGGCACGGGAGCUGGAGGCAGAGAACUACCACGACAUCAAGCGCAUCGCCGCCCGCAAGGACAACGUCCUGCGCCUGUGGGACUACCUGCUGGAACUGCUGAAGGCACGGCGCCUGCGGCUGGAGAUGAGCCUGGGCCUCCAGCGGGUCUUCCAGGAGAUGCUCUACGUCAUGGACUGGAUGGACGAGAUGAAGAUGCUCCUGCUGUCACAGGACUAUGGGAAGCACCUGCUGGGAGUGGAGGACCUGCUCCAGAAGCACACCCUGGUGGAGGCCGACAUCGCUGUCCAGGCCGACCGCGUGCGGGCCGUCAACGAUAGCGCCCAGAAGUUCGCUGUCAGCGAGGAGGCAGGCUAUAAGCCGUGCGACCCACAGGUGAUCCACGACCGCGUGGCCCACUUGGAGUUCUGCUACCAGGAGCUGACCCAGCUGGCGGCCGAGCGCCGCGCACGCCUGGAGGAGUCACGCCGCCUCUGGAAGUUCUUCUGGGAGAUGGCCGAGGAGGAGGGCUGGAUCCGCGAGAAGGAGCAGAUCCUGUCGUCGGACGACUGCGGCAAGGACCUGACGGGCGCCGUGCGGCUGCUCAGCCAGCACCGCGCCCUGGAGGACGAGAUGAGCGGGCGAGCCGGGCAUCUGCAGCAUACGGUGCGCGAGGGCCAGGCCAUGGCCGACGCCGGGCACUUCGGCCAGGCCAAGAUCCGCGAGCGCAUCGCCGACGUGCAGACCCAGUGGGCGGAGCUGGAGCAGCUGGCCGCCGUGCGGAAGCGACGCCUGGAGGAGGCGUGCAACCUGCACCAGUUCCAGGCCGACGCCGACGACGCCGACGCCUGGACACUGGACGCACUGCGCAUCGUGUCCAGCGCCGACGUGGGACACGAUGAGUUCUCCACGCAGGCGCUGGUGAAGAAGCACAAAGAUGCGGCCACCGAGGUGGCCAGCUACCGGCCCGUGAUCGACGCGUUGCACGAACAGGCCCGUGCGCUACCGCCCGCGCUGGCCGAGUCGGCGGACGUGAGCAAGCGCCUGGUGGGCAUCGAGGAGCGCUACAAGGAGGUGGCGGAGCUGACGCGGCUGCGCAAGCAGGCGCUGCAGGACGCGCUGGCGCUCUACAAGAUGUUCAGCGAGGCGGACGCCUGCGAGGUAUGGAUCGACGAGAAGGAGCAAUGGCUCGUCAGCUUGGAGAUCCCCGAGAAACUGGAGGACCUGGAAGUCAUUCAGCACAGGUUUGAGAGUCUGGAGCCUGAGAUGAAUAACCAAGCGUCCCGCGUUGCCGUGGUCAACCAGAUCGCCAGGCAGCUCAUGCACAGUGGACACCCCAGCGAAAAAGACAUCAAGGCCCAGCAAGACAAGCUCAACACCAGAUGGAGCCAGUUCCGGGAUCUGGUGGACCAGAAGAAGGAGUCUCUGAACUCUGCUCUGGGCGUGCAGAACUACCACCUGGAGUGCAAUGAGACCAAGUCGUGGAUCCGCGAGAAGACCAAGGUGAUCGAGUCCACGCAGGAGCUGGGCAAUGACCUGACGGGCGUGAUGGCAUUGCAGCGUAAGCUGACGGGCAUGGAGCGAGACCUGGCCGCCAUCGAGGCCAAGCUGGCCGACCUGCGGAGCGAGGCAGGGCGGCUGGCGGACGAGCACCCGGAGCAGGCCAAGGCCAUCACGGGGAGGCUGGCGGAGAUCGAUGGCGUGUGGGAGGAGAUGAAGGCCACGCUGCACAACCGCGAGGCCUCCUUGGGCGAGGCAAGCAAACUGCAGCAGUUCCUGCGCGAGCUGGACGACUUCCAGUCGUGGCUGUCGCGCACGCAGACGGCCAUCGCCUCCGAGGACAUGCCCAACACGCUGGCGGAGGCCGAGAAGCUGCUCGCCCAGCACGAGGGCAUCAAGAACGAGAUAAACAACUACGAGGAGGACUACCAGAAGAUGAGGGACAUGGGCGAGAUGGUGACCCAGGGCCAGACGGACGCCCAGUACAUGUUCCUGAGGCAGCGCCUGCAAGCUCUCGACACCGGCUGGAACGAGCUACAUAAGAUGUGGGAGAACCGGCAGAGCCUCCUGUCGCAAUCGCACGCCUACCAGCUGUUCCUCAGGGACACCAAGCAGGCUGAGGCCUUCCUCAACAACCAAGAGUAUGUGCUGGCCCACACUGAGAUGCCCACCACUCUUGAGGGAGCAGAGGCUGCCAUUAAGAAGCAGGAGGACUUCAUGACAACUAUGGAUGCCAACGAGGAGAAGAUCAACAGCGUGGUGGAGGCCGGCCGCCGACUAGCUAGUGAUGGAAACAUCAAUGCUGAGCGAAUUCAGGAGAGAGCGACUUCCAUCGAUGACAGGCAUAAGAAGAACCGUGAGGCGGUCGUUGAGCUACUGAUGAAGCUGAAGGACAACCGAGACCUGCAGAAGUUCCUGCAGGAGUGCCAAGAGCUGUCUCUGUGGAUCAAUGAGAAGAUGCUGACAGCCCAGGACAUGUCGUACGAUGAGGCCAGGAACCUACACAGCAAGUGGCUCAAGCACCAGGCAUUUAUGGCUGAAAUGCAGUCCAACAAGGAGUGGCUGGACAAGAUCGAAAAGGAUGGGAAGCUGCUGGUGUUGGAGAAGCCUGAGACGGAGGCCGUGGUGAGGGAGAAGCUGGCAUCACUGCAGGGGCAGUGGGAGGAGCUCGAGUCUACCACACAGACCAAGGCCCAAUGCCUGUUCGAUGCCAACAAGGCUGAGCUGUUCACCCAGAGCUGUGCCGACCUCGACAAGUGGCUGGGCAGCCUGGAGGGCCAGAUCCAGUCGGACGACUACGGCAAAGACCUGACCAGCGUCAACAUCCUGCUGAAGAAGCAGCAGAUGCUGGAGAAGCAGGUGGAGGUACGCAAGAGGGAGGUGGAGGAGCUGCAGUCGCAGGCCCAUGUGCUGCAGCAGGAAGGGAAGGACACCGACGAGGUGGAUGGGCGGCGCGAGGUGGUGGAGAAGAAGUUCCAGGAGCUGUUGGAGCCACUGAUGAAGAGGAAGAACUUCCUCAUGGCCUCCAGGGAGAUUCACCAGUUCAACCGCGACAUGGAGGAUGAGAUUCUCUGGGUCGAGGAGAGAAUGCCCAUCGCUACUUCAACAGACCAUGGCAACAACUUGCAGACUGUUCAGCUUCUAAUCAAGAAGAACCAGACACUACAGAAGGAGAUCCAGGGUCACCAGCCGCGCUGCGACGACAUCUUCGAGCGCAGCCAGAGCAUCCUGGCGGAGGACAGCCUGAGCGCGGAGGCUAUCCAGGCGCGGCUGGCUGACCUACAGGCUCUCUGGGACCUCCUCAAGAGGGAGACGGAAAAGCGGCACGCGCGUCUGGAGGAGGCGCACAUGGCACAGCAGUACUACUUUGACGCUGCAGAGGCCGAGGCCUGGAUGAGCGAGCAGGAGCUGUACAUGAUGUCCGAGGAGAAGGCCAAGGAUGAGCAAAGCUCUGUGGCCAUGCUGAAGAAACAUCAGAUCCUAGAGCAGGCGGUGGAGGACUACGCCGAGACUGUCCACCAGCUCUCCAAGACCAGCCGUGGACUGGUGGCCGCCAAUCACCCGGAGAGUGAGAGGAUAGGCAUGCGUCAGUCCCAGGUGGACAAGCUGUACGCAGGACUGAAGGACCUAUCGGAGGAGAGGAGAGGCAAGCUGGACGAGAGGUUCCGCCUCUUCCAGCUGAACCGGGAAGUGGAUGACCUGGAGCAGUGGAUUGCAGAGAGGGAGGUGGUGGCUGGAUCCCACGAGCUGGGCCAGGACUACGAGCACGUCACCAUGCUGCAGGAGCGCUUCCGCGAGUUCGCCCGGGACACCGGCAACAUCGGGCAGGAGCGCGUGGACGGCGUCAACCGCAUGGCCGAUGAACUCAUCAACGCCGGCCACACCGACGCGGCAACCGUCGCCGAGUGGAAGGACGGCCUCAAUGAGGCGUGGGCGGACCUCCUGGAGCUGAUUGACACACGCACGCAGAUUCUGGCGGCAUCCUAUGAGCUGCACAAGUUCUACCACGACGUGAAAGAGAUCCUGUGCCGCAUCCUCGACAAGCAUAAGAAGCUUCCGGAAGAGCUGGGCCGAGACCAGAACACAGUGGAGACGCUCCAGAGGAUGCACACCACCUUCGAACACGACAUCCAAGCACUGGGGACUCAGGUAAAACAGCUGCAGGAGGACGCGACACGGCUGCAGUCAGCGUACGCCGGCGAGAAGGCCGACGACAUCCAACGCAGGGAGAGCGAGGUUCUGGACGCCUGGCGGAGCCUUCUGGAAGCCUGCGAGGGCCGCAGGUCACGCCUGCUCGACACCGGCGACAAGUUCCGGUUUUUCAGCAUGGUGCGCGAUCUCAUGCUGUGGAUGGAGGACGUCAUCCGCCUCAUCGAGGCCCAAGAGAAGCCUAGGGACGUGUCCUCUGUGGAGCUGCUGAUGAACAACCACCAGGGCAUCAAGGCCGAGAUCGACGCUCGCAACGACAGCUUCACCGCCUGCAUCGAGCUGGGCAAGUCGCUCCUGGCACGGAAACACUAUGCAUCAGAAGAGAUUAAGGAAAAGUUGCUACAGUUGACGGACAAGAGGAAAGACAUGAUUGACAAAUGGGAGGACCGAUGGGAGUGGCUAAGAUUGAUUUUGGAAGUGCACCAGUUCUCCCGGGAUGCGGGGGUGGCCGAGGCAUGGCUGCUGGGCCAGGAGCCGUACCUGUCCAGCAGGGAGAUGGGUCAGAGCGUGGACGAGGUGGAGAAACUGAUCAAGAGGCACGAGGCCUUCGAGAAGUCGGCAGCCACCUGGGAGGAGCGCUUCUCUGCCCUGGAGAGGCUGACCACGCUGGAGUUACUGGAAGUGAGAAGACAGCAAGAGGAAGAGGAGAGACGGAGAAAAAUCCCAACACCCGAGCCAGUGCAGGACACCAAAGAGCAGCAGAGAGAAGGCGAGCAGGUUGCCCAGAACGGACUGCCAUCGGACCAAGAGUCCCCUCGGGACGCAGUGGAUGGGGAGAUUGUGAAUGGUGUGCCUGAGCGGAGCUCCAAGGAGCCCAGCCCUGUCCCGUCCCCGUCCUCUGGCAGACGUGCCAAGGGCAGCCAGUCAUCCACACUGCCAGCCAAGGGCCAGGAGCCACCCUCUGCCCAGCUGGAGGGUUUCCUCCACCGCAAGCAUGAGUGGGAGGGCCACAACAAGAAGGCCUCUAACAGGUCCUGGCAUAACGUGUACUGCGUGAUCAACAGCCAGGAGAUGGGCUUCUACAAAGACAACAAGAACGCUAGCCAGGGCAUCCCUUACCACAACGAGAUCCCCGUCAGCCUGAAGGAGGCCGUCUGUGAGGUCGCCAUCGACUACAAAAAGAAGAAGCACGUUUUCAAAUUGAGAGUGACGGAUGGAAACGAGUAUCUCUUCCAAGCCAAAGACGAUGAGGAGAUGAACACGUGGAUCCAGGCCAUUCAGAAUGCAACCAGCGGCUUGUCCCCGUCUGAAAAGUCAGAAAUCACCCCCAGCAACCAGAGCACACCCGCCUCCACCCGCGCCCACACACUUCCGGCAACCGUUACCCUGACGACCGAGUCAAGCCCAGGCAAGCGGGAGAAAGACAAGGAGAAAGACAAAGAGAAACGCUUCAGUCUCUUCAAGAAGAAGCAGUAGACACCUGUUCCCAUAGCAACGGAGACAUUCCUUUUCCCUCGCUUUCUUUUAUUUGUCUUUUUUCCACCCUUCCUUUUUUUCUUUCAUUCAUGUCUGUCCAUCUUCAGUGAUAUUCCAGCAUGCAAGCUCAAAAACAAGAACACCACACUCUGUGCCUGGUUCCUAUGAUUGGGUUCCAAAGUUGCAUUAAAUGAAAAAAAAAAAUUAUAUAUAUAUAUAUAUAUAUAUAUAAAUUAUACAAUAAAAGAUAAGUCAAUAAAAGGGGAUUUUUAGCUAGGGUGUGUUGUGUAUUGGGGAACUCCCACCUUAAGUCAAGUUUGGUAAUUCCAAGGACCAGAUGUGUUUUUUAUGCUGUUCUGUUUUUAUUAUCAUUGAAUUUGAAAUUUACAAUUUAAUUAUUGAUUAUUAAUAUCACUCUUUUUUGUAACCGUGUGUUGUUGAAGGGUGUGGCUAUUUAAAACACUUUCCUCAAUUUUGUGAGGCUGUCUUGGAGGGGUGUCCUCUCUUAGCCGUUGGGGCGCAAGACAGUGAUGCUUCAGAACAGUUCCACUGUGCACGUCUACCUAAAAGUGGACCGACCUAGAAAAUUCCAGAAGAACAAACCUUUGCAAAAUUUCAUUUGCUUUUGUUAGUCGCUGUGACCAGACGAACAAAUGUGCCAUUUGAUAAUUGCAGGUUUGAAAGUUGCAGAAAUGUUUGCUAACAUGAAAGUAAAUUACCAGUGGUGGCGCUUACAGCCUCCUGGGACCUGUAGGAGUGUUGCUGUAUGUAGCACAGAAGGAUCAGGAAUUAGAAAUGCAUCGUUUCCUUCAGAGUUUCCUUCCUUUUCUUUUUUGUUCUUCAGUUGCCUCAUAAUAUAUGUUUCAAAUCAUUAUAGUACAACGUAUUGGAAAACUAGAUGUAUUAUAAACACUAUAGCAUCAUUGUUAAGUGGAAAGUGGAUUUCAAGCAUUUACUGGAAUAAGGUAAAGUUACUCAAAAAAAUACAGUUGCUUGCUUGUUGGCUAUAGCACUACGCAUUAUAAUUAUUUUUCUUUUUUGCAACAUUAUCCUGCUAUUUGAUACAUAGUGUGCAUUUCUCUGUCACUGUAUGUAUUGUAAUGAAAAAAAAAAAAUUCAUCUACUGCACAAUCAAAACCAACAUAAUAGGAAUGAAAUCCUUUGCAAUGUCAGGCUUCUAGGGGGCGUAUAGUAACCUCAUGCCUGACUCAGAUGUAUGAAACUGCACCUGUAGACCUUCCCCCUCUCUGUUAAAUAUGUGCGAUGUCAUUAAAAAGCUUUUAAACAUUA